UGCACUGCAUCCAAGAUUGACUCCGUAAGCAGUGCCGGGGCCCUGGAACCCGAGGACCGGGGUCAAUAUGAUGCAGGGCGGCCAAUCGUCAGACGCUGGACGUGCUUGGAUGUGACCGAUCAGGUCUGCACGCGACGCCGACAGCAAUACAUCGAGGGUCUAGUGACCACUAGGGGCCCGGGGCUGCAGAAGCCUUCUCAUCCAACCCCGGUCCGGUAUUGACGCCGCCGACGAUGGAUACUCCCAUCCGAUUCGGAACGUUACUGAGAGAGAAUGGCCGACUGGAAUGGCUGUCGUGUCCAAUAGGUGCGUCACAUUCCCGGGCUGAGUUCGAGGCCCCCCGGUCUCUAGGUGGGAAUGUAAGUCGCAUAAGACCGGCUCCGGUCGCUGUCACGUCCAUUCCAGUUUCCUAUUUCCCGCCAGAUUGUUCCCCUUGACAGCACUUCCCCGUCUUCCACGAUGCGGCUGGAUCGGAUGAGGAGUUGGUGGAAAUGGUGGGCUGUCGCAGCGGCCGCCGGUGUUCAGGCAGUCGAACCACCGCCCUUGCUGGGAUCCUCCUUCGGGGUCCCCGGGGUGAAUGCCACGUUCGACUACAUCGUCGUCGGGGGAGGGACCGCGGGACUGACCUUGGCCACGCGGCUGGUCGAGCAACAGGCCGGGAGGGUCGCCGUCAUCGAGGCCGGGGGGUUCUAUGAGAUGGACAACGGCAAUCUCAGCCAGGUGCCUGCCGACGAUGCCAGAUACAUCGGCCGGUCCCAGACCGACUGGCAGCCGUUGAUUGACUGGGGGUAUAGCACGACCCCGCAAGCGGGUUCGUACGGGGCGGAGAUCCACUACGCGCGAGGGAAGACCCUCGGGGGCAGCUCUGCGCGCAACUACAUGCUCUACCAGCGCGGGACGCGGUCGGCCUACCAGCAGUGGGCGGACGCCGUCGGGGAUGCCAGCUAUACCUUCGACAACCUGCUGCCCUUUUUCGAGAAAAGCCUCCGCUUCACCCCCCCCGACAUGGGGCUCCGGUUUGCCAACGCGACCCCGGACUAUGACCCUACCCACCUGGGCAACGGCUCGGGCCCGCUGUCGGUCACCUUCCCGCACUACGCGCAUGCCUUCGCAACCUGGGCUGUGAAGGGCCUGGAGUCGCUCGGGAUGUCGAGGAUCCCGGGCUUCGCGGACGGCUCCCUGCUGGGCCAGGCGUACGCGCUGUUCACCAUCAACGCCACCACGAUGGUGCGCGACUCCUCCGAGACCUCCUUCCUCCGCCAGGCGUUGUCCUAUCCGAAUUACUCCGUCUACCACUCCACCAUGGCGAAGAAGAUCCUGUUCGACGCGAGCGCCCAGGCCACGGCGGUGGUCGUCGAGACGGCGGGCCUCAGCUACCAGCUCAACGCGAGCCGGGAGAUCAUCCUGUCGGGGGGGGUCUUCGGCUCCCCGCAGCUGCUCCUGGCCUCCGGGGUGGGUCCGGCCGAGGAUCUCGAGGCGCUGGGGAUCCGGGUGGUGGCCGAUCGGCCGGGGGUGGGCCAGAACAUGCAGGACCAUGUGUACCUGGGGGUGUCGCACCGCGUCAACGCGCCCACCACGUCGGCCCUGGGAGACCCUGACUUUGCGGCCGAGGCGGCGCGGGAGUUCCACGAGGAGGCCGCCGGCAUGUACACGAACCCGUCGACGGACGUGCUGGGGUGGGAGAAGGUCCCCGCGGCCCUGCGCGGCGGAUUCUCGACUGGCACGCAGGCGACGCUGGCGCAGUACCCGGCGGACUGGCCGGAGGUGGAGUACAUCGCGGUCAACGGCUAUCUCGGGGCGAUGCAGGUGCUGGCAGAUCCCCACGACGGCUUCAACUACGCCGCGCUGGCCGUGGCCCUCGCCGCGCCGCGCUCCCGCGGCAACCUCACGAUCGCCUCCGCGGACACGGCGGUCGCUCCGCUGAUCAACCCCAACUGGCUCACCGACCCGGUCGACAUCGAGGUCGCCAUCGCCGGGCUCAAGCGGGCGCGCCAGUUCUGGCAGACCCGGGCGAUGCAGCCCUUGGUGAUCGGGGACGAGGCCUUUCCGGGGCCCGCCGUCCAGACGGAUGCCCAGAUCGAGGCGGUGAUCCGCCAGGACUUUUCCACCGUGUGGCACGCCUCCUGCACGUGUGCCAUGGGCCCGGCCGAGGACCCGAUGGCCGUGGUGGAUGGCCAGGGCCGCGUGUUCGGCGUCCAGGGCUUGCGGGUGGUGGACGCCUCCAUCUUCCCUCUGCUGCCCCCGGGCCACCCGCAGGCCACCGUCUAUGCUCUGGCCGAAAAGAUCGCCUGCGAUAUCACGGGCGCGUGCGAGGAGGUCGAGUCGUGAAGAUCGCACCAUGG